AUGAAUAAAUAUUUUCUGCUUAGUAUCCUGGCCUGCCUUAUAUUCCUGGCCUCUUCUGCACCUGCUCCAGCAGACGGAGAACUGGUUCGAGAGCGUCGUUCUCCUUGUGGUGCUAGUUGUGGCAUUUAUAAGGCCGUAAGUUUCGGUGGUAGAAGUAGUAAAAAACCUUGGGGUUUCCGGAGAGCUGGCAGCAAGUUCCAUUACAACCGCUUCAGACAUGCCAAAAGGUAGGGGGUAUUAUUGCCAUAAGUUAAGGAGAAAUUACGUUGAAACUAUCCUCUGAAAACCAGGGGCAGUGAGUGGGAUAGGGAAAAAAGGAGCAACGAAAGUUUUCAAGAAUGGAAACUUGUUCUUAGGCCAAAUUUAGAAUUUUUCAGUGACGUCAUUCAAAAUGGCCUCCAUCCAGCUUAAAUUUUACUGAAAAAUAACGUAGACAAUACGUAGACAAUUUAGGGAUCAUUACUAUAAGCUUUUUUUAUUCGAAACAAAUUAGCAAACAACACCCAUCAAUGUUUGACGUCACAUUUCGUUUCUAUAGGAACCCACUGUCACCAGAGUUUGCAGAAAAUGGUUAGCCCCUGAAAAGAAGAGGUUCUGUUACGCUAAGUUUUCCAAUUUUUAACGAGUUUCAAUAAUAAAAGUUUAAGCUUUCAAUGAAAAAGAAAAGUAUGUUGUACGUAGAUGCUUAAAAGAUAUGGAAAAGGGGGAAAACAUAGUCACUCAGGAGCCCAUUAGGGUAAUAAGCUCCUGAGACACUGUAUGAAAUGUAGGUUGAAGGUCAUAAUCAAUGCACAGUAAUUUUUAGGGAGUUAUUAUAACUCCAAAAAUGGAGUAAAAAUUUUACGUACAGGAUAACCCCCUCUUUGGGGUUACUUUAACUCCUAAUUUAACUCCAAAUUUGGGGUCAUUUUUACUCCUGAAAAUUAAAAGAGUUCUUUUGACUCCCAGUCUGGAGUUAAAAUAACUCCGAAAAUGGGGUUAUUUUUACUCCUUACAUGGGUUGUUUUUACUGUUUUUGGAGGUACUUUAACUCUGAAAGUGGAGUAAAAAUUUUAGGUACAGGAUAACUCCUUUUUGGGAGUUAUUUUAACUCCUAAAUAUCUGGGGUCAUUUUUACUCCUGAAAAAGAGUUCUUUAAACUCCUUUUUGGAGUGAAAAUAACUCCCCAAAAAAUAACUCCUUCAAAAUUACUGUGUGGGCAAAAGACUAGAUGCGACUAUAUUAGUCAACGUCGACAUAACUGAAAUGCAGUCUUUUUUUGCUUUUCAGACAAGAGGAUCAAAGUUUAUAUGAUAACUACAUGUAUAAGGACUUGGAUCUUCUCAAGGAGGAGUGA